AGCACCAUCCUCAUCUUUGCCAAGGAUGAGUAUGCUGCUUCAUCCGCUGGUUGGGGUUUCGAUGGCUAUGGCAUCCCCUUUGAGAAGGUCCUUGUCCCUCAGAAUGGAUUUGAGCUGCCCACUCUCAACUCUUCCUCUAGCAAGGGUAACUAUGGUGGCAUCGUGGUUGUAGACUCUGUCUCCUACGAGUACUCUGAUGGUUGGAGGAGUGCCAUCUCGACCGAGCAGUGGGAGAAGAUCUACGAGUACCAGAUCAACUUCAAGGUUCGCCUGGUCCGCAUCAACGAGUACCCUGGUCCCAACUUUGGAACUUCUGCCUCUGGUGCUGGAUGCUGCGCUGAGGGUGUCGACCAGCUCAUCAGCCUUACUGAUACCAGUGAUUUCCCUACGGCCAAUCUCAAGACCGACGCUGGCCUCUCUACCAAGGGCAUCUGGCAUUACCCUGCCACCAUCACCGAUUCCAACACCAAGCAGAUCGCCAAGUUUGGCCCUGGUGGUGAUUAUACUGAGGACACUGUCGCCGGUGUCAUCAACACGUUUGAGGGUCGCGAGCAGUUUGUCUGGUUCAUCGGUUGGGCUGCAGACUGGUCCCAGACCACCAACUUCCUCCAGCACGCUCACAUCCACUGGAUCACCCGCGGUGUCUUCCUCGGCAAGCGCAAGGUUCACUUGAGCACCCAGGUUGACGAUGUUCAGCUCGCCACUGGCCUGUACUUGCCCGCUGGUGAGGAGUUCAAGAUCCGCACUGAUGAUCUGGAGGGCCAUGUCGCCUGGCAAAUCAGCCUCAACUCCCGUCUCCCUGCUGGAUCUGACUAUUGGCUCGAGAUGGCUCACAACGGCAACGGUGAUAUCAUUGCUGCUGUUGAGCAGCCUACAGGUGAUGACAACUGCGUCCCUGACUAUGCCGUCGACUAUGACUAUCCUCCUGACACUCCUCUGGAGUGGACUAAGCCCCCAGGCACUGGCGAGGACAAGUGGUCCGACGAGUUUGUCUACGGAGAGUAUCCCUGGUCCCAGACUUGCGCACAACUUGACGAAUUUGCCUCGUGGUUCCUCAACACGGACAACCUGAACGCUUUUGCCCAUCUCUCGCACACCUUUACUCAUCUGGAGCUCAACAACGCCACCUACAAGGAUGCUGCACGCGAGAUUGACUUCAACCGCGCUUGGAUGAGCCAGAUGGGUAUUGACAAGGCCCAGCGUUACUCUACCAACGGUCUUGUUCCCCCUGCCAUCACUGGCCUGCACAACGCCGAUGUCAUCCAGGCGUGGCUGGAUAACGAGAUUCUCUACGUAGUCGGUGACAACACCCGAACCCCCCUGAAGAACCCGAACAGCAAGUUCUGGCCUCUCAUCAGCUCCGUCGAGGGUAACGGCUAUGAUGGCCUGGUCAUUGUUCCUCGCUUCGCUACCACCAUCUACUACAACUGUGACACUGCCGAGUGCACGACUCAGGAGUGGAUUGACACCUCUGGUGGCUCCGGUGACUUUACCAACCUGCUGGAUAACGCCAGAACCGAGAACACUCGCUACCUGCUUGGUCUGCAGGCUGACCCCUACAUGUUCCACCAGGCCAACAUGCGCCAGGUCGACAUGGAGACCAUCACCAUUGGUGACCAGACGGGCAAGAUGUCUCUUAUCAUGUCUUGGGUCGAGACCAUUACCCAGGAGCUGUACCGUCUCACCGACUGGCCCAUUGUGUCUCUGAAGCACGACGACAUUGCCCAGUACUUCCUUGACCGGAAGACUCUGGACGACUGCAAGCCCCAGCUGUCGUAUGGCUUCUCUGAUGACGGAAAGACCAUUGAGAGUGUCACCGUCACCGCCGACGGCAACUCUUGCUCUGUCCCCGUCCCCGUCACUGUGCCUGGUGGCGCCUCUGCUUCUGGCGGCUCGUCUAGCUCUGACACUCUGGGCUCUGAGCCUACCAUUGAGUGGGUGACUCUGAGCGGCUCGCCCGUCACACUUACUCUCAGCCAGCCUCUUACUGUCUAA